UUCUAGCAAAAGUACCGGUACUAUACCAAGCAAGACCAGCAACAGUAGUGCAAUAAAGAGAAGGAGAAAUACACCCAAUCCCCCCACCCCCCCAACACAUCAUUCUUCCUCUUCGUGUUCUCCUCACAGCUGCCUCUGCUUCCUCUCUGCAUUGCUCUCGCUGCUACUCAUUUUCCAUUUUUUUGGUAUCGUUACUACGUUCAAGAAAAUCCCUUUUCAGCUUUGAUUGUGCUGUUUGUUCUUUUCUUCUUUUUUAUCUCCCUAACACACAAAUCACGCAGUGGGGGGUUGCUAUCAGUUUUUUAAGAGGAGUUAGAGCUCCAGAAGUUGUGUUUUUGCCAUUUCUCCGAAUAUUGUUCCUAGUUUUUGUCAAAUCAGAUUAAAGAAAAGGGAGAAGCAGGAAAAAGAAAAGGAAGAGGAGCGCGGGGGCUGUGGUGAGAAACUCGUGAAAGCAAGGGAGGGAGAUAGGCCAAAACCCUAGAUCCGGAUUCCCGUUGUUUUUCUGGGUUUUUGUGGAGUUGUCUGGCUGGGGUAGGAAUUACAUGUGAUGAUAAAACUUCAUAAGAGAUGGACAGGUUUCCCGGAUCAAGACCACUUCCCAGGCAGUUACCCAUUGUAGCUGAGGUGACAAAUACUCACAUCACUUUGGUGAGGGAGGAGUCCAGUGCUCAACCUAGUCUCCGGUAUGUUCAAGAUUCAAAUUUACGUGCUUCUGUUCGAACUCGAAAGGGGAAGGAUAGUCCACAGGAAAUAGAGGAACCUAUGCAUGAUGUUGUUUCUAUAAAGAGCAGUGUUGAUUCGUAUGAGGAGCCUGGCUCUACUUCAUUUCAUGGGGUGAGCCAUCCUCCAGAACCAAUUGAUACAGAUUUGAUGAAGCCAGUUUAUGUGCCGAUUGGACAGAACAAAGCAGAUGGUAAGUGCUUGGUGAAGAGUCUAUCCGUAAAGGGACCUUUCAUUGAAGAUCUUUCAAUCCGCGUUCCUGGUAUCAAACCGAGCAUCUCUGUUCUUUCUCCUUCAGAGAGCCUGGUAGAAGAGCCAAUUGACCUACCGGCAGUCUCCUCACCAUUUGCAAUUCCUCGCCCAUCGCAGAAUACAGAAGUGAGUCUCCCCCCAGAUUCUGAGGAAAAAGAAUGUGUUUGGGAUGCUUCCUUGCCUCCAAGUGGCAAUGUAAGCCCCCAUAGUAGUAUUGACAGUACAGGAGUUGUAACAGCUAUGAGCAUCGGGAAUAGCUGCACUAGUACGUACAGGAGUGAUGGUAUAAUGAGCGAUGGCAUGCUUAGUGUUGACAGGCAUUAUGAGAGUACAAAAAUGAGCACUCGAGGGGACUCACUUGAGAGUGCCAAAACUAGCCUUAGCAGAGCAAGUGACAGCAGUGGCCUUAGUGAUGAUAGUAACUGGAGUAACAUAACUGGUAGUGCAAAUAAGCCUCACAAGGGAAAUGAUCCAAGAUGGAAGGCUAUUCUUGCAAUUCGGGCACGAGAUGGCAUUUUGGGCAUGAGUCAUUUUAGGUUGCUGAAAAGACUUGGCUGUGGUGACAUCGGCAGUGUUUACCUGUCUGAGCUGAGUGGUACUCGUUGUUAUUUUGCUAUGAAAGUUAUGGAUAAGGCUUCACUUGCAAGCAGGAAAAAGUUGACCAGGGCUCAGACGGAGAGAGAUAUCCUGCAGCUGCUUGAUCAUCCAUUCUUGCCAACUCUGUAUACUCAUUUUGAAACAGACAGAUUUUCAUGUUUGGUCAUGGAAUAUUGUCCUGGGGGUGAUCUGCAUACGUUGAGGCAGCGACAACCAGGGAAGCAUUUUUCAGAAUAUGCUGCGAGGUUUUAUGCUGCUGAGGUUCUCUUGGCACUUGAGUAUCUUCAUAUGCUGGGAGUCGUUUACAGGGACUUGAAACCAGAAAAUGUUCUGGUCCGUGAUGAUGGCCAUAUUAUGCUUUCUGACUUUGAUCUUUCCCUAAGAUGUGCUGUUUCACCAACUCUGAUCAAAACCUCCUCAAUGGAUGACCCUUCCAAAAGAGGAGCUGCAUUCUGUGUUCAGCCAUCCUGUAUUGAGCCUACGUCCGUUUGUAUUCAGCCAGCAUGCUUCAUUCCCCGGAUAUUUCCUCAGAAAAGCAAGAAAAAGUCUCCAAAACUGCGAGCUGAGAAUGCACUUCUUGCUGGCAUGCUGCCUGAACUUGUUGCAGAACCUACUUCAGCAAGAUCCAUGUCAUUUGUAGGGACCCAUGAAUAUUUAGCCCCCGAAAUUAUUAAGGGAGAGGGCCAUGGCAGUGCAGUUGACUGGUGGACUUUUGGUAUUUUUUUGCAUGAACUUUUGUAUGGCAAAACCCCAUUUAAGGGCUCGGGAAAUCGUGCUACAUUGUUCAACGUAGUAGGUCAGCCGCUAAGGUUUCCAGACUCUCCUGCUACCAGUUAUGCUAGUCGAGAUUUGAUCCGUGGGUUGCUUGUCAAAGAGCCACAACAUCGGCUUGGGACAAAAAGGGGAGCAACUGAGAUCAAGCAGCAUCCUUUCUUUGAAGGCGUUAAUUGGGCUCUUAUACGAUGCAGUACACCGCCAGAGGUGCCUAGGCCAAUAGAGGCCGAGCUUCCUGUGAAGUUUGGAAAAGUUGACCCCAUUGGGGUUGGCAGUAGCAGUAAAAGGAUUGUAGGAACAGACGCGAUGAAAUCAGGGGGUAAAUAUCUAGACUUCGAGUUCUUUUAGUUUAGUAAAGAUAGAAUUCUUGUCCCUUGUUGUAUCAGCGCCAAUGGUCCAUUCCUCAAAAGAGUUACGAGGUCCUUUGGAAAUGUGCUUCAGCCUUCAGGCGAUGAUCUGAUCCCACGGGAGUUUCCCGUAUCUUUUAUUAGUGUGCUUCACGCUGUCUUCCUCGUAAAUGGAACCGGCCCUCACUGGAAAAUUGUUAGAUUUUUGAGUUUUUAGCUCGUAAUGAUUUCUCCUGAUGGAAGUUUCACAAUGAUUUUUGAUAUUGAAGUGGGACGCCUGCAUACUGGUGCAUUUAUAAGAUAACUCCUGUUGUUCUGCUACAUCAUCCAACGAAUUUCCGCCUCAGUUCCAUGUGAUUCUUCUCUCAUUUAUAAUGGUUCAACACCGCAAGAAUCGUAUGGGGGGAACGGCAUCCAACUCUGAGCAAUGUUGUGCUGAUUGGUAGUGAUACUCUGUAAACUUGACAGAAUCUGUUGAAGUCUAAAAGGGAAUUCAAUCCAAGUCCUUUUAGUUUAAAUUCGAGAAACUUUUCUUGUACCAGUUUGUUUCUAUCAGCAGUGGAUCUUAACAGCAAGAAACAAAAGUUAUUGGACCGAGUUUUUCUUA